UUUUUCCAGAAGGUUCUAUCAAAGACCAACCUCCGCUCAUUAUAAACCGACUACUUCACCACGGUUCUCUUCUUAUUCAUUAGAUAACUAAAUAUAUUCAUCAUGACUAACCUGAAAGUAUUCUUUGACAUAACUAUAGGCGGCGAACCAAAGGGCCGCAUUGUAUUUGAACUUUUCAAUGAUGUUGUUCCAAGAACAACUGAAAACUUCAGAGCUUUAUGUACUGGAGAAAAGGGAAUCUCUGAAAAGUCUGGCAAGGCUCUUCAUUUCAAGGGAUCCAUCUUCCAUCGUGUUAUCAAGGAUUUCAUGUGUCAAGGUGGUGACUUUACCCAUGGAUCUGGAAUUGGUGGAGAAUCUAUUUAUGGUGAGAAGUUUGAAGAUGAAAACUUCAAGUUAACCCACGACAAGCCAUUUUUGUUAUCGAUGGCUAAUGCUGGUCCAAACACAAAUGGAUCCCAAUUCUUCAUUACUACCGUCCCAACUCCUCACUUGAAUGGCAAGCACGUUGUUUUCGGUCAAGUUAUCCAAGGUAAGUCCUUGGUGCGUCAAAUCGAACGUUGCGAAAAGGCUAAUGACAAGCCAGUAGAUGAUGUAGUAAUUGCUGAUUGUGGUGAGCUUGACUCCGAUUAUGUUCCAGAACAAUCUGCUGGUACUGACGAUGGUACUGGUGACAUCUACGAAGAAGUCAUGGCUGAUGAUGACAACAUCGAUGUCAACAGCAGUGAAUCUGUAUUUAAGGCUGUUUCCACCCUUAAGGAAAUUGGUACUACUCUUCUCAAAGCUGGUGAUUUCAAGAGAGCUUAUGAAAAGUACCAUAAGGCCACCAACUUCUUACAAGAGUACUACCCAGAUGAUUUGCCAGAAGAAGAUUUGAAGACCUUGUACUCAUUGACAUUGUCUUGUAACUUGAAUGCCUCAUUAGCUGCAUUGAAGCUUAACGAUGGUAAGAAAACUGUUCUGGCUGCCAACGCCGCUUUGGAUGUCACCGAUAUUGAUGACAAGUCCAAGUCCAAGGCGCUUUACCGUAAGGGAAUGGGUCAAUUAUUGGUCAAGGAUGAAGAAAGUGCACAAAAGACUUUGGAAGAAGCUUUAAGGGUUGCACCAGGCGAUGCUGCCAUUGUUCAAGGCUUGCAACAAGUUAAGGCUACUUUAAAGAAACGUCACGAGAAACAAAAGAAGGCUAUGUCCAAGUUCUUCUCUUAAACAUAUUAUAUAUGAUUGAAAAAGAAGUAAAAGAAUAAACAAAAUAUGAUAGAAUUUAAUUAUGUAUAUUAGCACCUGUAAUUAU